AUGUCACCACAUGGGGAAAAAGCAAAUCUCACAAACGGCAACAAGACCUUCAAACCCCCCCCCCGCGCAAAAAGCAAAUCUCAAACGGCAACAAGACCUUCAAACCCCACCCCACAUAAAUAUCAAAUCUUGCAAACCACAACAAGAGCUUCAAACCCCCCGCGCAAAAACCAAAUCGCGCCAACAGCAAAAAGAGCUUCAAACCCCCCACGCAAAAACCAAAUCGCUCCAACAGCAAAAAGAGCUUCAAACCCCCCCCCCGCGCAAAAAGAGCUUCAAACCCCCCCGUGCAAAAACCAAAUCGCGCCAACAGCAAAAAGAGCUUCAAACCCCCCCGUGCAAAAACCAAAUCGCGCCGACAGCAAAAAGAGCUUCAAACCCCCCCCCGCGCAAAAAGAGCUUCAAACCCCCCCCCGCGCAAAAAGAGCUUCAAACCCCCCCCGCGCAAAAAGAGCUUCAAACCCCCCCCCGUGCAAAAACCAAAUCGCGCCGACAGCAAAAAGAGCUUCAAACCCCCCCCGUGCAAAAACCAAAUCGCGCCAACAGCAAAAAGAGCUUCAAACCCCCCCCGUGCAAAAACCAAAUCGCGCCGACAGCAAAAAGAGCUUCAAACCCCCCCCGUGCAAAAACCAAAUCGCACCAACAGCAAAAAGAGCUUCAAACCCCCCCCGUGCAAAAACCAAAUCGCGCCAACAGCAAAAAGAGCUUCAAACCCCCCGCGCAAAAACCAAAUCGCGCCAACAGCAAAAGAGCUUCAAACCCCCCCCGCGCAAAAACCAAAUCGCGCCGACAGUAAAAAGAGCUUCAAACCCCCCCGUGCAAAAACCAAAUCGCACCAACAGCAAAAAGAGCUUCAACCUCCCGCGCAAAAACCAAAUCGCGCCAACAGCAAAAGAGCUUCAAACCCCCCCGCGCAAAAACCAAAUCGCGCCGACAGUAAAAAGAGCUUCAAACCCCCCCGUGCAAAAACCAAAUCGCACCAACAGCAAAAAGAGCUUCAACCUCCCGCGCAAAAACCAAAUCGCGCCAACAGCAAAAGAGCUUCAAACCCCCCCCGCGCAAAAACCAAAUCGCGCCGACAGUAAAAAGAGCUUCAAACCCCCCCGUGCAAAAACCAAAUCGCACCAACAGCAAAAAGAGCUUCAACCUCCCGCGCAAAAACCAAAUCGCGCCAACAGCAAAAGAGCUUCAAACCCCCCCGCGCAAAAACCAAAUCGCGCCGACAGUAAAAAGAGCUUCAAACCCCCCCGUGCAAAAACCAAAUCGCACCAACAGCAAAAAGAGCUUCAACCUCCCGCGCAAAAACCAAAUCGCGCCAACAGCAAAAGAGCUUCAAACCCCCCCGCGCAAAAACCAAAUCGCGCCGACAGUAAAAAGAGCUUCAAACCCACCCGUGCAAAAAGCAAAUCGCGCCAACAGCAAAAAGAGCUUCAACCCCCCCCCCUGCAAAAAGCAAAUCUCACAAACGACGACAAGACCUUCAAACCCCCCCCCGCGCAAAAAGUAAAUCUCACAAACGACGACAAGACCUUCAAACCCCCCCCGCGCAAAAAGUAA